ACCUUCUUCAACGUAUGGCAAUACGGCGUCGUUUCUCGUAGUAUCAAGUUGCAGCGAUCUCUUUUUUUUUUUCUUUUUCUUUUUUCUUUUUCUUCCCCAAAAUCGCACUAUCUAGGGUUUCGUAUCUCGCUCUUCCUCGAGGAAUCGGUCUUGCGCAGUUACAGCAAUGGGGAAAAGGAAGUCAAGGGCAAAGCCUGCUACAACGAAGCGUAUGGACAAGCUUGACACUGUCUUUAGUUGUCCUUUCUGCAAUCACGGCUCUAGUGUCGAAUGCCAAAUUAAUAUGAAAGAGAUGAUUGGUAUUGCAACUUGUAGAAUCUGUGAAGAAAGCUUUAGCACCACCAUCACAGCUUUGAGUGAAGCUAUAGACAUCUAUAGUGAAUGGAUUGACGAGUGCGAGAGGGUUAACACUGUGGAAGAUGAUGUUGAGCAAGAAGAGGAAGCUGAAGAAGAAGAAGUUUAUGAAGAAGAGGAAGAAGAAGAUGAAGAGGAAGACGACCGUGCGUCUGUCAAAAGGAAGUUUAACUACCGAGACGAUUAAUCUUUUAUCCAAAAAACCAGGCAAGUCCUGUUAGACAUUUGCCUUUGUAUCUCUAGUAUCUAUCUAUCUGAGGAAAUUGCAAGAACAGUCAUUAGUGUUUUCUCAGUGACAACAGUUUGUGAUGGUUGCCAAAUGAAUUAAAGCCUUUACCAAAUUGGUUUUUAUCA